UGUAAAGAUAUUACAGCACUUGCGUCCUCUUGUUGAUUUGAAGAAAACGAAACGGAAUUUAAAAAACACAGCGACUAAACAGUUUUUAUAGAGAGUUAAAGAGCGUCUCUCUCUCUCUCUCUCUCUCUCUUACCCUUUAGGAAUUUUCCCUUCCGGCUGUUUACCUCUGAGCCCCGCCCCUUACCAUGUGGUUGGCUUAGAAACGACGUUCAGGCCAACGUAAGCACGCUGAUUGGUGAGUGGUUUAUUCGGCUGCCAAUCAGCCGAGGCGGCCCCAGGCGUGCAGUAGCUGGGAAACAUGAUCAUUUGCCGUGGAGUGAUCUGACGGAGGGUGUGUGUGUGUGUGUCUGAGUGAGUGUGUAUGAGUGAGUGAGAGAGAAGGAGUGUGAGUGUGUGUUUGCUGUAGCUGGUGCUGGAACUGGAGCUGUCGCCGCACUAAACAGCACGCUUGCGAAUUUUUGCAUGUCAGGAGCGGAUGAGGAUUGUGUCGCCGGUCAUCGGCCGCUGCCCGUCUCCCGUCUCUCUGCGCUUGUGCGUAAUUAAUCAGCGGCAUGUGGAAUUGCGCGAGGAUAACCAGCUGGCUUUGCGUCGCGUGCCUGCUGUUAACGACGUGGACCAAGGUGUCCCGGGCUUCGGGCUAUUUCGAGCUGCAGCUGAUGAGCGUGGAGAAUGUAAACGGCGAGCUGUGGGACGGAGAAUGCUGCGACGGCGCGCGCAACCCGCGGGACCAGCGGUGCACGCACGACGAGUGCGACACAUACUUUAAAGUGUGCUUAAAGGAGUACCAGAGCGAGGUGACCGCCACCGGACAGUGCAACUUCGGCAGCGGAUCUACCGGCGUCCUGGGUGGAAAUAUAUUCUCUUUUAAAAGCGCUAAAGGCAACAAAAUCAGCGACGCCGGGAAGAUCGUCAUCCCGUUCCAGUUUGCGUGGCCGCGAUCCUACACGCUCAUCGUAGAGGCAUGGGACUGGGACAAUACCACUCAAAACAGUGAGGAGCUGCUGAUUGAGCGACACGCUCACACAGGCAUGGCAAACCCCGGAGACCCGUGGCAGGUCAUCGUCCACCCUGGGGCCACGGCCCGUCUGGAAUACCGUGUCCGCAUCAAGUGCGACGAGAACUACUACGGCAUCAAGUGCAACAAGCAGUGCCGGCCUCGUGACGACUAUUUCGGGCAUUACCGCUGCGAUCCUUCCGGGAACAUCGUCUGUCUGGAAGGAUGGAUGGGCACGGACUGUCGAACAGCGAUCUGUAAGCAGGGCUGUAAUCUGAUUCACGGAGGCUGCACAGUGCCCGGGGAAUGCACAUGUAACUAUGGCUGGCAGGGUCAGUUCUGCGACGAAUGUCUGCCGUACCCAGGCUGCGUGCAUGGGACGUGCGAUAUCCCGUGGCAUUGUAACUGCGAGAAGAACUGGGGUGGACUGUUGUGUGAUAAAGAUCUGAACUACUGUGGGACGCACCAUCCCUGCGUGAACGGAGGCACCUGUAUAAACUCCGAGCCGAACGAGUACAACUGUGCUUGUCCCGAGGGGUACUCUGGCAAGAACUGUGAGAUAGCUGAGCAUGCCUGCGUGUCAAACCCAUGUGCCAAUGGUGGCACCUGCCAUGAGGUUCCGUCUGGAUUUGAGUGUCAGUGUCCUCCAGGCUGGGAGGGUCCCACCUGCGCUAAAGACAUGGACGAGUGUGCUUCCAGUCCUUGUGCUCAAGGAGGAACGUGUAUCGACCUGGAUAACGGCUUUGAGUGUCUCUGUCCGCCGCAGUGGGCUGGAAAGACCUGCAAGAUUGACGUGAAUGAGUGUGAGGUGAAGCCUUGCAAAAAUGCUUACUCUUGCAAAAAUUUGAUUGGUGGAUAUCUCUGUGACUGCUUUCAAGGAUGGGCUGGACAGAACUGUGACAUCAACGUAAAUGGCUGCCACGGGCAAUGCCAGAACGGCGCGACCUGCAAGGAGGGGGCUCUAGGAGGAUACCACUGCCAGUGCACACCAGGCUUUGUAGGCAACCACUGUGAGAUCCAGAGAAACAAAUGUGCCAGCAACCCCUGUCAGAACGGUGGGCGCUGUCACGUGGUCCUGGAUAGCUUUGUAUGCGAAUGUAUGCCUGAUUACGCUGGGAUGCUGUGUGAGGUGCAGAGCCAUUGGAACUCGAACCUCUGUGAGCCCAACCCAUGUAAGAAUGAAGCAACUUGUCACAGUAUGCUGGGGGAUUUUUACUGCGCGUGCACUGAGGACUACGAGGGAAAGACCUGUGCGGAUCGCAAGGACCACUGCAGGACCGCCCCGUGCCAGGUGAUUGACAGCUGCACAAUCACUGUUGCGAGCAACACCUCAGUCGGAGGUGUGAGACGCAUCUCAUCUAACGUAUGUGGCUCUCACGGCAACUGCAUCAGUCAGCCCAGCGGCAACUUCACCUGCACCUGUGACCCUGGCUUUACCGGCACUUAUUGCCAUGAAAAUGUCAACGACUGUGUGAGCAGCCCCUGCCGAAACGGCGGGACAUGUAUCGAUGGCAUCAACUCUUUCCAGUGCUUCUGUCCCGAUGGCUGGGAGGGCAAAUUGUGUGACCUCAAUGUGAACGAGUGCAGCCGGAACCCCUGCAAGAACGGUGGCCUCUGUCAAGACCUGGUCAAUGACUUCUUCUGCGAGUGCGCUGAUGGCUGGAAGGGGAAAACGUGCCACUCGCGCGAGAGCCAGUGUGACUCCAGUACUUGCGCCAACGGGGGCACAUGCUAUGACCAUGGAGAUACCUUCCGCUGCGCUUGUCUACCUGGUUGGGGUGGCCACACCUGCAACACAGCAAAAAACAGCACAUGUGCUUCCAGUCCAUGUGUUAAUGGAGGAACGUGUGUUGGAGGUGGCGACACGUUUACCUGCAUUUGUAAGGACGGCUGGGAGGGACCUACAUGUUCGCAGAACACCAACGACUGCAACCCUCACCCAUGCUACAACGGAGGAAUCUGCGUGGAUGGCGUCAACUGGUUCCGCUGCGAGUGCGCCCCAGGCUUUGCCGGGCCCGACUGCCGCAUCAACAUUGACGAAUGCCAGUCAUCACCCUGUGCUUAUGGAGCUACGUGUGUGGAUGAGAUCAAUGGCUUCCGCUGCGUAUGUCCACUUGGGCGCUCUGGACCUCGAUGCCAAGAGUUCAUAGGCAUCGGGAAGACGUGUCAUUAUACUGGACUCCAGUUCCCUCACGGCAGCCGCUGGGAAGAAGACUGCAACACCUGCCAGUGUAUUAAUGGCAAAGUAGAGUGUACAAAGGUGGUGUGUGGCAGACGGCCAUGCUUACUUCCAGGAGCCCCUGGCCGAGACCAACACGUCUGUCCGGCGGGCCGUGAGUGCCUAGAGCAUGAAUUCCUCACCUGCCUCUCUCCCCAAUGCCACCACUGGGGCUUCUGUUCAAGUCCUGACACCCCACCAGCUUUCCACACCAAGUGUGAACCCAAUACAGGCUACUUGGGCAACAACUGCGCCCGAAUUACACUCAUCUUCAACCGGGACAAGCUACCCGCAGGUACAACAGUGGAGAAUGUAUGCUCAGAGCUGAGGUACCUGCCUGCUACGCGGAACCUUGCCAAAGACGACGCCUUGUUGGUUCUUUGUGAGCUCUCGUCCUCCAACCUGGAUGCAGUGGAGGUUGCCAUGUCCUUCCAGCAGGACGAGCAGCCUGACCACACUCGGAUCCAGGAGGCGACCAGCACCAUCGUCAGCACGCUGUCCAAGCGCCACAACAGCACCAUCAUGCUGGCCGUCAUUGAGGUCAAAGUGGAGACGGGGGUCGCGCCUCAGUCUGUGGAUUACCUAGUGCCUGUGCUGUGCGUGGUCUUCUGUGCACUCUGGGUGUUCUGUGUGAUCGUCUGCGUGUGGUGGACGCGCAAGCGGCGAAAAGAGCGCGAGAGGCGUGAGCGUGCACCCGUGGAGGAGAGCGUCAACAACCAGUGGGAGCCACUGCGACCAGUGUCACGGCAGCAGCACAAGGACAACCGCGACGCCGAAUACGAGCGCGCCAAGCUGAUGGGCAACACCGAGCGGGCGUGCAAAGGCUGCGAAGAAGACCAGCUGAAGGACGAUGAUGGGGAGGAGGAAGAACUAGAGCUGUGCGAGGAGUGGUGUGGGACAGAGGGCAGCAAGAGGCCCAUCCAAAAGUACUCGAAAGCAACAGUGCAAAUGAGCAGCGAGCUGAUCUGCACCACACGCAGCAGCAACGCUCCCCUCAAAGCGCCGCACCGGACAGCUCACAGCCACAAAGACAACCGCUGGAAAAACAAAAACGGCGCCACUGGCCAAGACCCCAAAGAGCUGUAUGUAUAGACGCUAUUGCACAGACCCGGGCACAGAGAGAGGCUUAUUUUCUGACGAAGAAAACAACAGACUGUUGAGUUUGAGAGAGAGACAGAGAACUGUUUUUUUUGUUUUUUGUCCUUCACCUCCUUUUUAUUUAAUGUGCUGAGAUUUUUGUUUCACCUUGAAUACCCCUAUUUUUUACUUCUAAUGUACAGAUGAAGAGAAUUUGUUUUACUUUAUAAGAAAAGGUGAAGAGAUGGCCACUUUUUUUAAUGUACUGCUGAAAGAAAGCAGGAAAUUAUGGAAUAUAUAAAUAUACAUAUAUAUAUAACUGUGUAAAGAUUUUUCGUUGCUGUUUACAGAUGAUUCUGGUUUGGUUUUGUUGUGAGUGGCCUGGAUUUUGGAUGGGGGUGCCAGUCAAGAGCACUGGCCCUGUGGACAGAAGUAAGAACUUCUCAUGUUUUUUUUUGUUUUUGUUUUUUCCUUUUUUUUUUUUCCUCCCCCCAUCUCAUUCAUCUCGUCGCCUCUCCUCACUCCAUGCUUGCCUUACUCAGCUCGCAGGUCGGUGCCUGCGAAGUGGCCUUGUUUUUUCUCUCAUGUCUGUCGUCUUGGCUGAACACUCCUUAAACGAUAAAGGAUUGCAGUAUUUUGAGUUGGUAGCAAGUGCCUUCUGACAAGCCCGUCGCGUCUCUCGCUGCCGAGGUCAACCCCCAUAGAUCACAAAGGGGGUUCAAGUCCCGUUUUGUACCACCGAGGUAUUUGAUCAAAGAAAGAAAGACAUCUUGUAAAUAUUUGUACAUAGUAAAGGAGUCGCUGUGUAUAUUUGAAUUUAGUAAAUUAAGACAAGUCACACUUUUUUUAUUACUAUUAUAAUUAUGAUUGAAUUUAUUAUUAUUAUUAUUAUUAUUUGGGUUUUUCGUUUGUUUGUUUUUUUUUGUUUGUUUUUUUUGUUUUUUUUACAAUGCCAUUCCUUUUAUUUAUGCCAGUUGACAUAGGCAGGUUUUAUACAAGUAAACAGCAUCCCACAGUCAGAACAGUAAUGUAAGCAAAGUUCAUCUUUUUUUAAUGUUUUGUUGAUUUUUAUUUUCACGUUGACGCAAAUAAUUCUUUAAAUUUAGGUGGUAUAUUGUGGCGUGUUUUUGCUUCCGUAAAAAAAAAAAAAAAAAAAAAAAUCUUCUGUGCCCCUUUCAGCAUCUUGCCCUUGCUUACUGUUAUAGAAUUCUGGAAAGCUGCAGAAAUUCCUGCUACAUGUUGAGGCCUACAGGCCAAACGCAUCAUCUAUUACAGCGUUGGUCUCCCUACCCAUUGUGAAAUGUUUUUUUUUUUUUUUUUUUUUUUUUUGGUGGGGGAGGGUUGAGGCUUCAUGAAGCGAACAAAUUUUGUUGUAAAGCAGUUUGUGUUUGAGGUACCAAAAGAAAAUGGAUUGCCUCAGAAGUGGUUAAUUUAUUUUAUUUUUAUUUUCCCCCCUUUUCUUUAUCAUCUUGAAUAUUACUCUUCUGGGUGACUUCUUGCUGCCACAAAUAUGAGGAUUCCAAAUAAAAGAAUUGAAAUGUUA